CAUUUUUAAAUCUCUUGUUUUCUUCUCUCCUUCUCUUGAUCCCAUCCUCCAUUUCUCUUCCCCCAUGAGGAAGCUCUAGAGGAAGCAUUUUGGCUCUCUCCAAACCAUUCCAAACAGAAAGCAAGGGGAGAGAGCUCUGAUUAUUUCCCUUGCUCAUGGGGUGCUUCCUUACUUGCUUUGGGGGUGCCAAGGAUCGAAAGAGACGAAGACCACCCAAUAAAUCACCACCAGUAGAUCGGGUGUGCGAGAGUUACAAACCGCUGCGGAACCCCUCUUCGAAGCAACUCACACUAAAUCUUUCUCCGAAGAAACUUAUCUCAGAAGCAGUGGUCGGCUCAACUCCGGAGUCGAGAGAUAAUGAUGAGCAGGGGAGCUUCGGCAGCAGCAAAAAGAAAGUAACAUUUGAUUUGAAUGUCAAAACAUAUGAAGAGGUCUUAGUAGAUGAAGAUCCAAAGCAUUCAUCAGAGGAUAAGAGAGAGAAUGAAGUGAUAAGAGAAGAAAGAAAGCCAGAGGAAGCUGAUGAUGAAUCUCUUCCGAAUUCGGGAGCUUCUCUCUUGAACCAUAGGUAUCAAAAUUGUGAGGGUAGUGAUGAUGACGACGACAUCGACUAUGGAGAGGAAGAAGAAGACGAGGACGAAGAUUAUGAGGACAUUGAUUUAGAUGAGGAUGAUGGUAAUGUUGUCGACAUAGAGGGAAAUGAGGAAGAGUCUAAUGCUUCAUUUCUUUUGCUAGAGGUGGAGAAACAACAGCAAAGCAUCCAGGAAGUAAACAGUUCAAAAUCCAAGAGUGUCUCUCCUGAUAGACAGCCACCCCUUUUGGCCAAAGGUACUGCACGCGACAGGAGCCAGUAUGUCCAUCCUGUGCUGAAUCCUGUAGAAAAUCUCACUCAGUGGAGGGAAGUUAAAGUGCGCGCAGCUCCAUCGAAGAAUCGAAAGAAGGAAAAUAUCAACUCAGACAUAGAGAACAAGAUAACUUUCAGUCCUGAGCCUACAUUUAAGAUCGAAGGUAGGCUCAGGACCAAUUGCCCUGCCCAACACGAUGCUACUGUGGAUGCUAGCCUUUCGAACUGGCUGGUCUCAUCGGAUAAUUCAGACAAGGAAAGGCCCCAUCAAAGUAAUUCUGAUUUCUCCAAAUUGUCAGUUGGUCAAGAGGAGCGACCUACUUCAGGUGUCUUAACUGUUGAGGAUAUUAAGCAAUCAUCUGUAACAUCAUCACUUAGAAGGUCCCCGAGCAGGAGCCCUGAUGAAAUCCCCAUUGUGGGUACUGUGGGUGGUUGUGGGAGCUGGAAAAACCAGAGAAGUGAUUCGGGUUCUUCUUGCCAAUCUGGCUCCACAAUCAAAGGGAUUCCAAAUGCCACAAGCACAUACAGAAAGGUAUGCCAAGUGCUGGAGAGAAACAGUUUUAAAUAUGAAUUGUGAGCACUGGCUUCUUUUCCCACCAAAGGUGCUGCUUAAGCUUGCACAAUUGUUGCUAUGCUUAUGGUGGAUUCUAGUAUGCGAUUUGUACUGUUGUGUGAUUACCAGUUGAAUUGUUGUGUGAGUACCAUAGUUUUUUCUUUUACCUUUCCACUUGUCUUAUGUUGUAAUGCUUUCCACUUGUCGAAGAACUCGUCCCUAGAGCUUGUCUGACUCAUCCUUCAAGUGCAAGUUCAGUGUGAAUGCAACUCUUCUACUGUCUAUCACUAUCUGAUGGGUCAUUGUAUUGUCAGCAAGGCGUUGUGUCUUCAUUCAUGACUGCAUGAGAAACAAACAAUGCUGAGAUCGUGUAAGGUAUGUAUCAGUCGAUUUUGUUUUUCCUUUUUCAUAGGCACCAUUUCUAAUGAUCUGUUCUUAUGAUAAAUGGUAUACUUCAAUGUCUGUAACAAGCUGAGCUAAAUGUCCAAUUUUAGUAUGUGUAAUUUGAGGAUUGUAAAAGGAUGUCAAAUUUGCAGUUCUGCUAAUUAUAUCAUACUAA